AUGGCAGGCUUCAAGGGAAACAGCAUCUUUCCUCAAAACCCCUACCACAUCCCUGGCUAUGGGGGCUACGUUCCUCAAUUCACCUUCAUGUUUGGGGACACCUAUGGAAGAACCACCCACAAUCUGCUGACAGAUCCCAAUGUCAGGAAGAGCCCUCGCUCCCUGCUGGCACCGCUGGACAACAAGGAAAACCUCCUCGAGUACCAUUACCACAUUGACCAUCCAGGAUACGUCACCUACCAGCCCCUCAGGAGCCCUCCUGAGGUUCCCCUGGGGCCGCAGCCCGUGCCCUCGGUGCUGGAGGAGCCGCAGCCCUGGCGGUGCCCCCCGGGCCUGGCCGUGCCCGGGCCCCAGCAGAGCCCCCCGGAGCCGCUGCGGGGGCUGGCCCUGCACCCCGCGGCCCAGGAGAUGGACAGGGAGCUGGCCAUGGCACCCCUGGCCCGGCUCCUGGGGACUGGAGCCGGCCAGGGCAGCCCUGCAGGGAGCGGAACGCAUCUAGAAACUGGAGGUGUGACACUGCCAGGAGGGGUUGCAACAGCAGAUUACACACUGCCAGUGCUGCCCGUCCCAAAUGCCAUCCGACAGAAAGCCACUUUAGGAGUGUUCUACAUCUUCCCCCUGGCCCUGGGGAACAUUCCUGUGCAGCAGGAGAGCUACAGGGGUGAUGGGCUGAUCCCCCUCGAGGAUCCGACUGCAGCAGGGUACACUGGAUACAUCCCCUGCUCCCUGGACAAUGUUGGCAUGACCUACCUCUUGUCUGUGAAGAAAGCCAUGAAGGAAUUCGACCGUCGCCAGCGUGCCCAGCACCCUUGGGCCAGGCCGGGCUCCCUGCUGGGUUUGCAGCACCGAGGGGCUGCAGCGGAGCAGCGCAGCUGCCGCAGGACACCGGCGCCGGGCGGCAGCUCCGUGGCACCGAUCGUGCCCAGGCAGCUCAAACCUCCGCAAUACCUGACGUACGAGCACAGCAGGGGCCGUCUCCAAUCUCCACACCAGCAGGAGCCAGUGACACAGCAGGCGGCACCUGGCUGA